CUGCUGAAGGGGACGGCGGGGCCUGCCCGCCCCCGCCCCCGCCCCGCCCGGGAGCCCGCGGCCGCCACGGCGGUGCCGCGGGGAGGGCGGAGAGCGCCCGGUGGAGCGGCGCGGAGCGGCACGGCAGACCCAGUCGUGAAGCUGUCUGUGCUGUACUGGGGACAACUUGUUAAAAGCAGCUGUGUUUUUGUGGUUAGAAAUGAACUUACCUUGACAGGAAACACUUAAAAGCCAGGGUGGCAAAAAGACUGCUUAACCCUCUCAUGCAAGAUUUCUUCAGAAGUAAAGAAGCACAAAAGGAGACGUUCUGUUCUUUGAAAAUAACACAAACCACUGGCAAGAAGCAGCAACACUGUGCAUCAAACAAGGAAACCAUUUCCAGAUUAUCAAAACAUGCUGUUGAGCUGAAUUCUGCAGCUGCAUUUUCAAAUGUACCAUGGGAUGCAUCAAAUCCAAGGAUGCCUUUCCAGGUUCAAAUGCUAUCCAGGAUGAAAGGAUCGGGGAAGGUAACGAAGGAUGCACUGGGGAGAAAUCAUCACUGAUAGCAGUGAAGGUGGAUGAGAGAAGUCCAUCAAGCACUAUAGUGCUAGACUACGCACACCGUCUCUCCCGUGAGAUUCUUGAUCAGGCGGUGAAACAGUGGGCAGUGACUGAAAGCAAAUACAGUGACAUCCCUUUUAUUGAAAGUGAUGUGCCCUGAGCCCUGACUGGCAAGGACUGUCUUCACAGUGAGUGUCCUGUCUGUUAAGCAGUUUGUAUUUGGUACUAGUGCAAAUAAAGUAAAACCAGCUGUGAUUUGAGCAUAAUGCCACUAUAUGAAUGUUCGCAAGGAGAGGCUGAAAAAAUUUGCCUUCUAAUCUGUAUUGCUAAGAAACUAAUUGGAUUACAGUAGAAUCUAUUAAUCAAGUGUCAUUUGUUAUUGGCCGUAUGUUGAGUAUAUUCUGUCUUUGUAUGUGUUGAAUGUGAUCAGAAAUUAGUGUUAAAAAAAGAGGAUGAGAAGAAUGUGGCUGCCCUGCAACUGUACAAGCACUGCCACAGAGGCCCCAAAGAUGCUUAACAACAAAGCGUGGAUUAUUUUUAUGUACUGCAUAAAAAAUCACUGGCCAGUUUGUAGGUGAAAAGAGAACUCUCUAUGCUUGGCACAUUUGUACGCGUUUGCUAAAGUGAAACCAAGGUCUGCAUGCAGCAAAGAAAACUGCUGUCAUAAAUUUUACUUUGAUUCUUUGACCUGACUAAAUCUGUAAACCACAAAAUAAUGAAGGUGAUGAGAAGCAUUUUAUAAAACCAAGUAUGCAGGGAACCAUAUGGAUUAUGAUACUAUUCAACUUCCAUUCUUAAGUGAACCAAUGAAAAACAUUACAAUAUUGAUAAACAGUGCAUUAUAAUUAACAGAUGCUCUGGCUUCUGUAAAUGCAUGAAGGCUAUUCUUAAAGAUCCUGCACUAAGAUAGUUUAAUGACACCUGAUCACUGUGUUCAGAACAAGGCCGUUCGGGUUUUUUUGGUUUGGGGUUUUGGGUUUGGGGUUUUUUUUCUGUUAGGGUGCUGGGUUUGGGGGGGUUCUUUUGUGGUGUUUUUUUUUUUGUCUGUUUGUUUUUUACUGUAACCCAGAUAGGUGUGCAAAAACUACUGAGGCUAACUAGUGAAAUGAACCUUCAAGGGCGUAACAAUGUUUUAGGACUAUUUGUUUCAUGGGACCUAUGGCUGCAUUACACUAAAAUUUCACUCUAAAGUAACACCCUUGGGACAGUACGCCUUCCUUCAGCUUCUGUAGGCUCAUCGCUUACCUGCUGGUAAAACUGUGUAUGGGGAUGCAAAUGUGAGCUACAGAAACCUAAAGCCUGAGCCAUGCACUGAAUUAGUGAAUAAGCCUUAGGCCCAAAGCUAAAGGGCUACACUCUUUACCGGUUUGAUCUAGCUUGCAUCCACACACUGCACCCUGCCUCUCCAGGACUUGCAGCCUGACCUACUGCACUCAUAACUAGCAUUUGAGAUACCAAGAAAGGCAUAAAUUAAUCAUAGCCAUCUUAAAGCUGUAGUUUUGCUGACAUUUUAUACAAAGUGAAUGCCUUGUAAAAGCUUGGGUUUUUAGCACCUGUUUGUUCCUUUUUCUGUUAUAGCCAGUUUAAAAGACAUAGGGUUUUUUUCCUAGAUCAAAGUGCUUUUCCAUUUUAUGUCUUCAUUUUAUAGAAAAAUGCUUUCCAUACUGGCAAAAACUGUUACUAUUUUUAAAAGGUACACGUAGUUCUAGUAAAUGAUAUAAAGCAUGAUUUUUUCAAGCAUUGGGAAACAAGCAGAAAGAGGAUCAUGUAAAUAGUUAUUUUUAGCUUAUUCUCAGACAUAAGAUAGUCUGAAUUGAGCUGUUCUGCAAACUUUCUGACACAAACUUAGUUAUUUGAAGUUCACCUAUAUGGGGAAGUGGUUGUAUGAAGAGCAAAGGGUGAAAAAUGCUUCUUUGUAACACAGCACAAGACUGCCAUUACUUCAGUCACCAGACUAGACCCUGCUAUGAAGACUGUUCUCAGGCUUUUGCUGAAAAAUGGAACAAAAUCUGCUCAUGAUGUAAUGCCUGGUCUAUGAAGUAACACAGUCUUUGAAGCCACAUGUAAAGUGGGACUAAGGUAUUAUGGCCCAUUUAAAUUCUACUGCUAACAGUGAUGUUCCUUGAAGCUCUAAACUAUGUAAAACAUUAGAUCAUACCCUACAUUUGCUCUAUCUAAAAAAACCUCUGCUGUAUACUUGGGUGAAUUAAAAAGCAAAACCGAAACACUCAUCAGGUCAGUACAUAUUAACUGGAUAUUGCUUAACCGUAGUAUUAAAAAAUAUUCCUAUUCUUAUUAUAGCUAAAAUAAAGCUUUAUUACAAAAAAAGGCCAACCUUUCUGUAACGUUAGUCUUGACUCAAGAAUGUUAACAUUGCCAAAGACAGUAAUUAAAAAAAAAAAAAAAGAAAAGAAAAAAGAAAAAAAAAAAGCCCAAACUCCAUACCAUAGACAUUAAUUGCCAGAUGGGUGAAUAGCAGAUAGAAAACAGCACUCAGUUUAGGAGUGCAUUUAGGUAUAUCUGUCUUGACCCUUGUACAAAUACCUUGGUGGCUGCCACAGGGAGUUAGGUGUUGCAGUGUCUCACAUCCUUUCUUUGGAUGUAGCCUUAGCAUCUGACACUCUUCUGGAGUCAGAAUAACAGAUGCACUUUUGAAACCAGCUUCUCUAUUGGCAGGCUGCCACUGCACGGUCCAACAGCAGGCAGAAUUAUAAAAUAAUAUAAAAUAGCCUAAAAUUACAUCAUCGCAUCUGUACUGAUAAAGACUCAAAAUUUCCUCAAAGGAGAAAGUUACCUAGGUAUAAUUAAACAUGCAUCGCAGUGAGCUUCCUUUUGGAGUACUUGCUGUGUGGGAUGGCUGCGCUGCUUGCUCAGAGAGCCACCCAUAACGCGAUAGCGACUGAAUCGCCUGCUGCUUGUUAUGUCCACCCAGUCACUUACCUGCAACAACAAAGCUUGUCUUCCCUCAUUAAUGCUUGAAGAUUACAGCAGCUUCAAUAUGGCCUGAAGUGCAAUUCCAGCUGGUUUAUGAUGCUUUCUAUGACAUUGGCACUUCAGGGAAAGCAUGCAGCAAAUGGAAAGCAAAUAAGCUUACAAACAACAGGGAGACAGCUUCUCACCAGGAAAACAAUCUCUUUUACAGGACACUGUCCUUAAAAAAUAAUGCACUUACUCUUAAUAAAAAAAAAAAAAAUUAUAUCUGUUCAAUACUACAAUCUGGUAAGAGAUCAAAGUAGAUCUCUUGCCAGAGUUCUGCUGUAUUUUUAAUACAUAAUACUAACAAAUAUAAAAACUUCUUUACCUAAAUAAAAUUACAUCUGUUUACUUAUCAUUAGAUUACUCUAAGCUGUCCUAUAGUCUUAUAAAUCCACUUAUGGUGGCUUUCCAACUAAGUUGCCACUGAUUCUUUGACUUGACUUUGUGUAAUAAAGGCACUCCAGUAUGGGACUGGCAUACUUUGCAAAACCGUUUACUUCUAUUUAGGAGUUAAAAAUACAUAUGCUUUAUAUUUUCUCCAGGAAACAUAAGUAUAGUCUGAGUGGGUACGAUGUGACUGACUUGAUAUUCUAAUAAUGGUUCAAAACACAUUAACUGCAGCACAGCUUUGUAAAAUUGACAUUUCUGGAGUAAGACACAUCAGUAUUCCCAAAUAAAACAAACUACAAUAUAUUUUUACAAUAUUUUUUCUGGAAAAUAUUUUCUUGCGGACCAAAUAAAAUUAAACUUACCA